GUAGGUACCUGCUUACCUUAAGAGCUUCCAUCGCAAUCCGGCGGGGCAGGUUCAUCAUAGUUGCCCUCCGCUGCUCCCAUCAACGCUUAUUCACGACUAAGCAAGGACCAUACCCUCUUCUGCAGGCAAUACAGCUUUUCCCGAGAGAACCGCACCCAUCCAUCAUAUCCCCGACUCCUCCUACUAUCAUUCAGCUGGCAAGGCGACAAUAUUCUAAGCCCGCCAUGGCCGAUAUCGACAUGACAGAUGCACCCGGUUCAGCCCUGGUUCCCAAGAAGAAGAGUGGCUCCGCUGCCAACAGCGAUAGCAAGGACGACGCUAAGAAGCGCUUUGAAGUCAAGAAGUGGAAUGCGGUUGCGCUGUGGGCUUGGGAUAUUGUCGUAGACAAUUGUGCCAUCUGCCGGAACCACAUCAUGGAUCUCUGCAUCGAGUGCCAGGCGAAUCAAGCUUCUGCGACGAGCGAAGAGUGUACCGUGGCCUGGGGCAUCUGCAACCAUGCCUUCCAUUUCCACUGCAUUUCCAGAUGGUUGAAGGCUCGGCAGGUCUGUCCGCUUGAUAAUAGGGACUGGGAAUUCCAAAAAUACGGGCGUUGACGUGUUUUCGACUGGGAUGGCUUGCAGUCAGGCAGGGCGGGAGACCUUUACCGUGACAUUCUAGGAGUUCGGGUAUUACCAUUAAACCCAUAGAUCGUAUUCAGUCGCCUAGUAGUAAAGCUGUGCGUUUUCCAUCUUAA